AUGGCCAACAGGUUGAAGACGUUCCUGCCUGAGAUUAUUUCCAGCACUAAGAGUGCUUUUUUUCAUGGUAGGAAUAUACAAGACAAUGUCAUCGCUACCUUUGAAACAGUGUAUACAAUUCAAGUUCAGAAAUCUACUCCGGAUCCGAAACUGGUACUCAAACUGGAUAUUAGCAAAGCCUAUGAUCGGGUGGAGUGGACUUUUUUGGAGGAAGUUAUGAAGAAGCUGGGGUUUGUGGAUGUGUGGAUUAACUUGGUAAUGAGAUGUGUUAAGUCAGUGUCUUCCUCCAUCUUUUGGAAAGGCCAACCAGUUGGGAUGUUUCGGCCAACUAGAGGAAUUCACCAAGGUGACCCAUUAUCUUCAUAUCUUUUCCUUCUUGUGUCUGAAGGUGUAUCUGGUUUACUCCACAGGGCUGAUGAGGUUGGGCAGCGGAUUAAUUUCCAGAAAUCGGUGUUGUCUUUUGGCCCCAACGUUUCUAAUAAGAGGAAGGCUGAGAUACAGGAGAUCUUUAAUUUGCCAAUGGUGGAUUUCCAUGAAAAAUAUUUGGGGCUCCCAACAACUAUUGGCAAGAAUAAGAAGGAUGUGUCUAGGAAGAUGAAUGAGAGAUUGGAUUUUCAUUUACAAGGUAGCAAGGGAAGUUCCUCUCAAAAGCGGUCCAAGGUUAGUCAAUUUUGGUGGGGAAAGGGUGGUGGCGCUAGGGGUAUUCAUUGGUGUAGUUGGGAGAUGCUUUGUGGACGUAAGGAAGAUGGAGGUUUAGGAUUUCGGGACUUGAGACCUUUCAACCGAGCCAUGCUUGCAAAAACAGUAUGGAGAAUUUUUUGGAGCAAAGGAUCGUUAGUCAAUGAUAUCUUGCAAGCCAAGUAUUUUCCGAACACUUGUUUCUUGAAUGCUUCUUUGGGAACCACUCCAUCAACAAUAUGGAGAGGUUUGUUAUGGGGAAAACAAGUAAUUGACAGUGGUAGUAGGUGGCGAAUUGGUGAUGGCCAGAGAGUUAGCAUUAAAGAAGAUCGAUGGUUACCAUGUCCAACCACCUUUAAGGUGGUAUCGCCUAUUCCCAUAUCGACGGAGUGGAAGGUGGAGAGCCUGCUUACUGAGAUCGAAGUGUGGAACGUACCCCUGAUUCACUCUCUUUUUCUUACUCAUGAGGCUGAGAUGAUUUUAAGUCUUCCAAUGGCCCGAGAGUUGUCAGCCAAAAAGGGAGGAGUUGUGGCUGGGAGUAGUUCAUCCAAUGUCUCAACUAUCUGGAAGAAGGUCUGGGGCCUUAAGGUACCACACAAGAUAAAGCUUCUCUUAUGGAGGGCCAUGCAUAAUUAUCUUCCUUGUGGUCAAAUAUUCCAGAAAAGAAAUAUUGUGAAUGAGGCAAGCUGUAGGCAAUGUGGUGCACAUGUAGAAUCAGCCAUUCAUGUUUUCUGGGAGUGUCCUAAAGCUAAGAGAGUGUGGAAGCUGUCGUUCUUGAGUGAAGUUUGCAAGACAUGGAAGGAGCCCUCCGUGAUGGAUCUAUUCUCAUAUGUUUGCAGUAUAGCAGUAGGGAGUGACCUAGAAAAUUCCGGGUAUGUUGUUUGGUGGCUUUGGAGAAACAGGAACUUACACCGACAUGAGGAGAAAUUCUUAAAGCCUGAAGAGUUGAUAGCUGCGAUUGGGGAGUGGCAGACACAAUAUGAGGCGACCAAUGCCAAAAUUAUGCAUUCGAAUUUGACAGGCUCAGAAACGGUAAGAUCUACAACCAUUCCACAUUUGAACUCCCUAGUCUGGUCUCCCCUAGCCCGGACUGCUUAA